AUGGCUGCACCCAGGAAAUCUGCCAUGCAGGUCCUCUCUUUGUGCCACCAGGGCCCUCAGCCUCAAGAGCGUGACACACCCUGGGAAGCCUUCCACAGGCGCUUCAGUCAGUUCCAGUAUGAAGAAGCAGCCGGGCCCCGGGACGCCUUCUGCCGACUCUGGGAGCUUUGCUUUCAUUGGCUGAAGCCACAGACACGGUCCGUGGAACAGAUCCUGGCGAUGUUGGUGACGGAGAAAUUCCUGCAAAUUCUACCUGCAGACAUGGAGAACAGCGCCAGCAUGCGCAGCCUGGAGACUAGAGAACGACUUUUCACCCUGAUAGAGGAGCUGCGGAGAGACAAGCGGGAAGCAGCAAACAAUAUCAACAUUGGUGAUAUGAUCUUAGAAGAACUGGUGCCGAUGGGUCCAUUAGUUACACCAUCAAACCUGCACGAGAGGCCGCCUGCACCUCAGCUAAUGGAGCCUGCCCAGGAGUUCCCUGAAAUCCCACCGGCAGAGCCACAGGAAACAAUCAUUGAUGACGACAAAUGCCCGACCUUUCUGGAAAUUGAGUUCCCUAUAGCCAACGAGUAUAAAACUCUGGAACCUCCUGGUGAAGAACCCCCAGAAGAGCUGCUGACUGUCUUCAGUGAGCCUGAGGAAGACCAGAUGUCCUCAGAAAACCAGAACCAAUGGGAGAUGCCGGGGACCACCUGGCAAGUACGGGAGACUCACAGCACUGGAGUCCAGACACAGGCUCCUCCCGAUGAGAAGCCUUUCUUUAGUGAGCAGUUAGGGCUGUGUGCUUUUCACCGGCAGCAACUUAAAAGCUGCCUGGAAAUUUGCACAGGAAAAAUAGCUAAAGAGGGCCCUGGAGAUAGGGCAGGGACCUCCGGUGGCUCAGACCCCUAUAGGCACCAGCUGGUUUCCCAGGAGGAGAGUACCCAUGACCGUGCAAUGCCUGGUACUUCAUCUACUCAGGCAGCAACUGCUAGCGAGACAGAGGCAGACGAUGUUGACCAAGAAGGAAAGCCAUGUAAGAUGUGUAAGAGGGAGUUUAUGCAUAAUUUGGGCCUGGUAGAACGUGGGCAAACUCAGACCGUUCGCAAACACCAGUGCUCCGUCUGUGGCAAAGGCUUUAAAGGAAAGUCACGUGUUACUGCACACCUAGUGACACACACUCAGGAGAGACCAUUUGUAUGCCAACACUGUGAGAAAAGCUAUAAGCACAAGUCCAGCCUAAUGAGACAUGUAAAAAUCCACAGGCGAGGGAAAGAGCACAAGCAAAGCCAGGGUUCUCAGGGCCCCAAGCAUGAUGCAAACCAAUAG